AUGUCUGGAAGCCAACCCUCCUCCAAGUCUGCCACCAGUGGCAUGGCUCAAAGCCACAAGCCGGCCCCUCAUGAGGCCGUCCUCUGUACCGUCUGCAACAAGCUGUUUGGAGGCUUCGAGCAGCUGAUGGGACACAAGCGUAUGAAGAUGCUGACUGAGGGAAGUCACAUUCACUGCUCCUUGUGCACCCGCGACUUCAACAGCAAAGAGGCUCUGGAUAAGCAUCUUCUAGAGGCCCAUCCACAGGAGCAGAACCUCAUCUGCCCAGGCUGUCAGAAGACCUUUGUCCGGUUGGCUGGAUGGAUGAGACACCUAGAACACAACGAGUGCCCUGCUAUUCGCCGCGCAGACGUUGAUCAAAACCGGGUAGAGAAGCUCACCUUUUCCCAUGAGCUCGAGAAGCGCAGCGGCUCUCAGUUCGGAGACUACUUUCCCGUGUCACACCCCAGCGUUCUGUCCGCCUUUGAGGCUCAGUCCACCCUUGACGCGCAGUCCGACUUUGACGACAAGGCCUACAUGGCUCAUCCGUCCUUCUUCAAGCCCAAGGACUUUCCCGAGCUGAAGGACGUCAAGGACAGCCUGGAGAGUAUCCAGCGAGGUGCAGCGCAGCCAGACACCAGCAACGAGAAGUCACGCGAGCCAGUCGUGGACGACAUCAACAACCCAUCGCAUCCGCUCUUCGACCCCAGGAAGUACUACAACGCAAUCAACCGCAAAUUCAAGAAGACGUUUCCCAGCAGUGGCGCUCUCAUCGGCCACAUGAAGUCGGCAGCAUCGCACUACAACGCCAAGCUGCAGUGCCCCGGCUGCCUGCGCUAUUUCAAGGACGCAUCUUCCUUGACUGCCCACUCCGAGUCAGAGUCGACAAGAUGCUCUAUCCGCAAAUCUGAGAACUACCGCUCCUACCUCGACCAGCUGACUGGAGGCAUGGCGGACGUCGGUGAGAAGCACGGAGACGGUACUAUUAAGUAUGAGGUCAGCACGGAGGCCGUCAUCAAGUUUGCCCCAACUCGGACGGCGAAGAGUGAUGCAGAGGAUUUCAUGGCGCAGCCGGAGGCCGAUCGUCAGGAGAAAUGGGCUCGCAACAACAUUGUGUGGUAG